AUCCAUCCCCAAAGACACAACCCACCCUGGAGAUCAGAGGUCCCCGGGCUUGUGGGAAGCAGAGUGUACCUGGCACCAAGUCAGAGGUGGAGAGGGGUGGGGAGAAGUCCCACCCCAAGGAGGGCGCAUAAAAGGCGUCCACUCCGGGGAAGAGCCAUCGUCCUUGGCUCAGCCAAACCCAGCUCAGUGCUCUUCUGUGCCUGCUCUCCUGCUCUCUGUCUCGCUCCCAACAUGAGCUGUCGCCUGCAGACCUCCUCUUCCAGCUAUGGAGCGGGCUACGGGGGUGGCUCCUGCCAGCUCGGGGGUGGCCGCAGCUUCUCUACCUGCUCCACUCGGUUUGCCUCCGGAGGGUCAGCUGGAGGCUACGGGGCAGGCAUGAGUUGUGGCUUUGGUGCAGGGGCUGGCAGCGGCUUCGGAGGAGGCUAUGGCGGGGGUUUUGGCGGCAGCUUCGGCGGUGGCUUCGGUGAUUUUGGUGGUGGUGAUCGUGGCCUCCUGUCCGGCAAUGAGAAGAUCACCAUGCAGAACCUCAACGACCGCCUGGCCUCCUACUUGGACAAGGUGCGCGCUCUGGAGGAGGCCAACGCCGACCUGGAGGUGAAGAUCCGGGACUGGUACCAGAAGCAGAGCCCGGUCAGCCCUGAGCGGGACUACAGCCGCUACUACAAGGACAUCGAGGAGCUGCGGGCCAAGAUCCUGGCAGCCACCACUGAGAACAACCAGGUCAUCCUGGAGAUCGACAACGCCAGGCUGGCUGCGGACGACUUCAGGCUCAAGUACGAGAACGAGCUGGCCCUGCGCCAGGGUGUAGAGGCGGACAUCAACGGGCUGCGCAGGGUGCUGGACGAGCUGACCCUGUCCAAGACCGACCUGGAGAUGCAGAUCGAGAGCCUGAAUGAGGAGCUGGCCUACCUGAGGAAGAACCACGAGGAGGAGAUGAAGGAGUUCAGCAAGCAGGUUGUGGGCCAGGUCAACGUGGAGAUGGAUGCCACCCCAGGCGUGGACCUGACCCGCGUGCUGGCCGAGAUGAGGGAGCAGUACGAGGCCAUGGCGGAGAAGAACCGCAGGGAUGCCGAGGCCUGGUUCCAGAGCAAGAGCGCGGAGCUGAACAAGGAGGUGGCCUCCAACACGGAGAUGAUUCAGACCAGCAAGACGGAGAUCACGGAGCUGAGGCGCACGCUGCAGGGGCUGGAGAUCGAGCUGCAGUCCCAGCUGAGCAUGAAAGCCGGCCUGGAGGGCACCUUGGCAGAGACCGAGUGCCGCUACGCCCUGCAGCUGCAGCAGAUCCAGGGGCUCAUCAGCGGCAUCGAGGCUCAGCUGGCUGACCUGAGGGCAGAGACCGAGUGCCAGAACCAGGAGUACAAGAUGCUGCUGGACAUCAAGACACGCUUGGAGCAGGAGAUUGCCACCUACCGCAGCCUGCUCGAGGGCCAGGACGCCAGGUUGGCUGUGUCAGCCUCCUCUGCAGGAAGUGGCAGUGCCACCUCUAACGUCUCCGGCUCUGGCUCUCCCCGACGCUCUGACAUCCGCAGGUUUUAACCUGCUUCCUCUGCCCUGCAGGAUAGAGGGCCACUGUGGAGGCCCAGGCUCUCCCUUGCCCCCUGCCCUGGCAUCCCCUGAGGAGGGGCCCUUCCUUUCCUCAUGAUCCUCCCCCUCCCCACUCUCUGCUCCCCACCCCUUCCCCACCCCCGCACCCCGCACCCCACGCAAUGAGCACUGCCUUGUCUCAGCUCCUCCGCUGAGAGCAGCGGCUGAUCCAAUAAAGCUUCCUGCCUUGCAAGUGUA